UGCGAGACGCGGGGCGCCGCCGCCAUUCUGCUGCGUCGGAGUCGCGGUCCUCUCGAGUCCAAAUUGUAACGGUGAAAGGCGCGCCGGAGUGGGGGCUGGUGGACUUUCCGUCGCAUGAGUGGGCCAGUCCGCCGCCCGCGCACCGCCACGUCGCCGUCCAUGUCCCCGCGCCGGUCCCGCUCAGGGAGGUCAACAAAUGUUAGCUGGAAACUUUUCCUUUCAAACCCGCGCGGAGUGACUACCUAAUACUGUGUUUAAUAUGCAAAAGUAACAGUGACAUUUUAUAUGCUUACAAAUAUUAUUAAUUUCACAAUGUUAGUGUGGUGUCUGGUUGUUAUUUGGUGCGCUGCCUUCGCCGUAGUGCCGGUUUCUGCUCAAGGCGGUAGCGAGCGCCGCUGCGGUCACCCGGCGGUACCGCCCAACGCCAGGGUCUCGCUCAGCGCCACCGACAUCGUCCCCGGGACCGUGGCCUCGUACGUCUGCGAUGACGGCUACGAACUCUUCGGACCACAGCAGAGAGAGUGCUCUCUGAGGGGCGACUGGACUGCCGAGGCCCCGUUUUGUGGCACGAACGUGGCAUUCAGGAAGCCGGCGAACCAGUCGACGACCGUCCGGGGGGGGCACGCGGCCAACGGCAACGACGGGGAGCGAACCACGGAGCACGACGGCAAGCGCUGCACGGAGACGCAGCGCGAGGCGUCCCCCUGGUGGCAGGUGGACCUGCUGCGCCACUACGCCGUCAAGGUGGUCCGCGUCACUACGAGGGGAUGCUGCGGUCAUCAACCGCUGCAGGACCUGGAGAUCAGGGUGGGGAACAGCAGCACCGACCUUCAGAGAAACCCUCUGUGCGCCUGGUUUCCCGGGACCAUAGACGAAGGUGUGACGAAGACGUUCACAUGCGCGCGGCCGCUGGUGGGUCAGCACGUGUUCCUUCAGCUCGUCGGCGUCGAGGGGUCCCUGUCUCUGUGCGAGGUGGAGGUCUUCACCACUGAAGAAUUCUCGAAUGAUCGCUGCGCGUCGGCGUCUCUGCCCGCUGACGUUGAGUUGGCGGCCUUCUCCAGAAACUGCUAUGAGUUCAACAUUGCUCGAGGCGGGUCUUUCGAGGAAGCCAGGCGCCAGUGCCAGUCGCAUGGCGGUGACCUCAUCCACGGGUUACAGGGCGCCACGUCAAGUUUCCUGAUUCAAGAGCUGGAGCGCCGGAAGCCGCAGUUGAAGACACAGCUGGUGUGGAUCGGAGCCCAGAAAGAGCCGGGACUCACGUCCAGGACUUGGAAGUGGGUCGAUGGGGAGGUAGUUUCCAAGCCGGCUUGGGGAAAAGACCAGCCAAAUAAUUACAACGGGGAGCAAAACUGCGUCGUCCUCGACGGAGGCCGCGCCUGGCUGUGGAACGACGUGGGCUGCAACCUCGACUACCUCAACUGGAUCUGCCAGUACCUGCCACCCACAUGCGGCAGUCCGGACAAGCUGCUGAACACCACCAUCGAGGGCGACGACUUCAAGGUGGGGUCGAGCAUCUCGUACCGCUGCCCCGAGGGCCACAUGCUCGUGGGGGACCAGACCAGGCAGUGCAACAAGGACGGGUUCUGGUCUGGCGCGGCGCCGACUUGCAAAUACGUGAACUGCGGCAGCCUGACCGCGAUUCAAGAUGGCGACGUGAGUCUUGUCGACGGGCGAACGACACACGGCGCCCGGGCCUUGUACUCCUGCAAGCAGAACCACACGUUGGUGGGCGAGCCCGAGCGGGUGUGCCAGGACGCGGGCAGCUGGAGUGGGACGCCCCCCAAGUGCCUGUUCGACUGGUGCCCGGAGCCGCCGGCGGUGGCGGGGGCCACGGUCGCCGUCAGCGGGCACAAGGCCGGCUCACUGGCCACCUACACGUGCCAAAAUGGAUUUAUUCUCUUCGGUGCGCCGAGCGUGACCUGCACCCUCGGAGGCAUCUGGACGGAGUCCCCGCCGUCCUGCAAGUACGUGGACUGCGGAACCCCGGCCCAGGUCCACAAGGGUUCCUUCCGUCUGCUGAACGGCACCACGACGUACGGUUCCGUAGCCCAGUUCACCUGCGAGACGGACUACUGGCUGGCCGGGGCAGAAGUGCUCACGUGCAACCGAGACGGGAAGUGGUCGCAUGAUAUUCCAUCCUGUGAAUUGAUAACGUGCGCCGAGCCCGAGGUCCCGGCUGGCGGCUACAUGGAGGCGUAUGAUUACAACGUGCACUCCACAAUAGACUUCCAUUGUGAGCACGGCCAUAAGCUCAUCGGCGAAACCUCGCUGCAGUGCCAAUCCGACGGCGAGUGGUCGGGGGAAUCACCCAAAUGCGAAUACGUGGACUGCGGCAAGCUGCCCCCCAUGCCGUACGGGUCGGCGGAGCUGCUGAACGGGACCACUCACCUGGGCAGCGUCAUCCAGUACUCUUGCACAGCCAACUUCAGGCUGGUGGGCCCCGUGAGAAGGACCUGCACAGAGGACCACCAGUGGAGCGACUCGUCUCCACGAUGCGAGGAGGUGCGCUGCCCGGAGCCUGUGGUCGCUGAGAACAGCAUCGUAUCCGUGACCGGCAACGACCGGAUGCACGGAAGAACCCUGAUCCGGACGUCUGUGAGCAGCAAGAGUGGAAGCACGUAUCGCAUCGGAGCCCUGGUGAAGUACCGCUGCGAGCGCGGGUACAAGGUCAUCGGCGAGAGUCUGUCGACGUGCGAGGACAACGGUCAGUGGAGCGGGGUCACGCCGAAGUGCCAGUACGUCGACUGCGGCAAUCCUGGGGAGCUGCAAAACGGCAAAGUAACGCUAGCCACCAACGCAACGUACUACGGAGCCGCGGCUUUGUACGAGUGCGACGUCAACUGGAAACUGGAUGGAGUGUCGCGGAGACUGUGCCAGGACGACGGCACCUGGAGUUCCGAAGCCCCUGUCUGCAGAGAGCUGACGUGUCCAGAGCCGUCGAUCCAGAUCAAGGACAGUGUGGGUCUCAUUGUCGUUACGUCGACGUUGAGUAUCGGAGGGGAGGCCCACUACCGCUGUGAACGAGGGUACAGCCUGCGCGGGAAUCAAACCCGGCCCUGCCUGGCGAAGGGCCAGUGGGGAGGUGGGCCACCUGUGUGCAUUCCGAUCGACUGCAAAUCGCCGAAGCCGAUCGAGAACGGGCGCGUCAUCAUCGCCAACAGUUCCACCCUCUUCGGGAGUUCCAUCGAGUACCACUGCCUGCCGCAGUUCCAGCGGGUCGGGCCGUUCCUCCGCAAGUGUAUGGACGACGGAGCCUGGUCCGGGGCAGAGCCGAGCUGUGAGCUGGCCAGCAACGAGGCUGCCGACUCCGGGACGCUGCCCUUGAGUGUCGGCGUCGGCUGCGGCAUCGUGCUGUUUCUGCUCAUGCUGCUUGGCGUCAUUUAUAUGAGACUACGCAAAGCGACACCAGUGAAGAAUACAGAAAACAUCGAGGGAGCCGAGCGCAAGGAAGACCAGAACGCGGCGGUCAUGAGCUACUCGACGCUACACGACACCAACGGCCGCCAUAUCUACGACCACGUGACAGAUAACGUGUAUGACUCGCCCUAUAGCGAACAUUUAGCGGACAAUGCGGCGUAUGGGAGGCGCAGCGAUACGGACUCCGCAUAUGAGCCAGAACCUGUUGGACCCAACGCCGUCGUCACCAUUAAUGGCGUCGCCGUACGUUAGAUUUAGCUAUGCUUUCAAAUAAGUAUCAGAAAUUCAUUAACGAUCUUAAGAUUUAGAUAUGCGGAGUUGAAUGCUCACAGCUAUAGUCAGAUGAACAGAAUUCUUGUUUGUAAGAAAUUUGGUUUGAGAUUGCAUAUUAAUUUCUGGAAAUAUCUGAGAGCCGUUUAUUUUAAAUGCAUAAGAUUGGAGAGUCAUAGCCCAGCAGUUUCCCACUGCAGUUUACAGUUCUUGGGAGGAGUCAAAAUAAAAUCAAAAGCUGCCUUCUAAGCCAUUUUGAAAUGGAUAAGUAAGGAUUAUUAAAUUGUUUUUAAUUAAAUUAUGAAGGAGCAUUAUAACAACGUUUUAUGUUAAAAAAUAUAGGUACCUGGUGAGUUUUAUACUUACUUAUUUAUUUCAUAAACAAAACCCUUGCCUUCGAUAUUCUGAUAUAAGUACCCGCAUUAGUGCUCCAUAAAAACUAUUGACAAAAAAGAACGGCUGGUCCGCCGCCAUUAAUCGGAUGACUAUCUCCUAUUUUUUCAUGAACUAUCAGAAAAUCUCCCAUUGAUAAUUGUGAUGUUGUACGUACAAGGCACCCUAUGGUCGGUAUUUAUUCUAAAUCCCUAUUGUCUGCAACUCAGCUAUUCAAAUCCGAAUAAAAAUCAUUUAGGUAUAUAAAACUGAAAUAUACACCAUUAAUUAAUAAAUUAUUGAAUUUAUUCAACAAUGCCUGAGUACAUUUUAUAUUUUAAUAGUAUGUACUUCUCUCAGAGAGCAUUGUUACUCUGAGGGGUCAGAUAUCUUCUCAACAGACUGUACAAAAGUUAUAAAGGAAAAAUAACUCCCGCCAUAAAUUACCUUUUCACGUGGAACGUCACAUUUUAUGAUAUACCUAUUCAUGGAAGUAAGUACAGUCAGCUGCAUAAGUAGCUAUACUCUUUUGUACCUUGUCAACCUGAAACCGCCUAUCCAUUCGUUGAAACAUUGACUGUUAGUCAGUUUGACAAAGUACAGAAGUGUCUAGCUACUUAUGCAGCUGACCGUACUUAUUGAGUAAUAUUAU